AGCGAAGAGGAUAGAUCAAAAGUCCUUCUCAAGCUGUAUGAGCUCACAACCAAAGUGGAAUCUCCUUGGGAGACGUUUGUCAGACUCUUCUGUAGCGAACUUGCUGACUUGGACAUCUACCAGCCGGCCGUCCUGGCAUCAGUCAAGAUACUGCAAGAUCUUGACAUCUUCAAGAAAUGGAAGGAUUGCGGAAGCAGACCUAUGACAUGCGCUCAGCUUUCAGGCCUCGCGGAAGGACCCUGCGAUGCCGCUUUACUUUACCGACUCCUCCGUCUACUAGUCUCAAACAACGUAGUCGAGAUGACUUCAGAUGGUGUCUACAAACCCACGAGAUUGUGCACGCAGCUCGCGGACUCGGACUUUAGCACCACCGCCAAAUUCUACUACGACCACACAGUCCCAAUGUUCACCCACAUGCCCACAUUCUUCUCGCAAACCUCGUACAAGAACCCCCGCAGCGCCCGCAAAACAGUCUUUGACUCGGCCCACGGCUGGCAAGGCGGCCUCUUCGCCUACCUCGAAGCCCACCCUGAACAAGGCGAGGCAUUCAACACCCUCCAGCGCACGACGACCCUCAACAGGGCCAGGUGGACAUCCAUCUUCCCCAGUCACACCCUCCUUGGCAAUGGCUCCGGCGACGACGAUCCGAACCCGCCGCUGCUGGUGGAUAUCGGCGGGAGCGUGGGGCAGGAUCUGCAGGCGUUUUAUGAGCUGUAUCCGGAGACGGCGUCGAGGUUGUAUUUGGAGGAUCUGCCAUCUGUUUUGGCGGAUGAGAAGACGAAUGUGUUGGAGGGGAUUAAUAAGGUGGCGUAUGAUUUCUAUACGCCUCAGCCUAUCAAGCCCAGGAUUUCAGAAACAGAAAGCUCACAAGAAACAAUAGACGCCCGCGCGUACUACAUGCACCACAUCCUCCACGACUGGCCCGACAAACAAGCCCGCAAGAUUCUCGAGAUCCAAAAAGCCGCCUUGAGACCCGUGGGUAACAGCAGGAUCCUGAUCCACGACCAAAUCAUGGACGACGACGUCAGGGCCGUCCACCCGCACGCCGCCGUGUUCGACAUCAGCAUGAUGGCGUUUGGCGCCGCGCAGGAGCGCACGGAGAAGGAGUGGCGGGCGCUGGUUGAGUCGGCCGGGCUGAGGGUCGUCAAGAUUUGGAGGGUGCCGGGUGCGGUGCAGGGGGUCAUCGAGGUU